CUAACCCUUUCCUCUCCGAGGUAGGAUCCUCUCCGUGUUUGCCACCAGCCGGAGCUCGCGGUCCACGGGUAGCCGCUGGCCCCGGAGGGCGAGUCCUCUUUGCCCCUUUGCCUGCUUCGUUGAGGGGGAAAUGUGUGGCCUGCAUGCGCGGCCGGGGAACCCUUGGUCAAAAUUCAUUUUAAAGGCUGGGGGGGGGGGCCCAGAACCGAAUUAACGGCGACGCAGGGUGUUGUCUUUUAUUGUUAUUUACUAUAGUGGAUUUAUCUGGCGGUUCACAGGAUAAAAAGACGGGGUAGAAAUAUCUGUAAAUAGUUUUUAAAAACACCAAUAACCUUCCCUCCCAGAAGCGUUUAAAGGCUGUAAAGCCCUUUAAAAAUGCCUAAAAAGAACAUUUGGGGCUUAGUCUCGUCUCCCCUAACCCUUAACCGUAUUGGUUUUUUAUUUUAUUCUAUUUUGGGGAGAAACACCCCCCCCCCCGGCCCUGUCUCCUUUCCCCAUUUCUCAGCAACUCCCAAGUAAUUGGCUUGAGAUCUCUAUUGCAUUUAACCCUUAGACAGCUUUUGUGAGCCUAAUCAAGCAAUGUGCUGAAAAUUUAAUUUGCUCAGACGAACCAUUGCUUCCAUCAGUGGUUUUGGAACCAGGUAAUUCCUCCAGAUUUAUCCACACUAGCCAAGUAAAGUCAAAACACAUACCUUGAAUUGAAUGCCACAAGAAUAAAUGGGGAUCAGCCCCUGCUAUAGUGGGCAGCCCCAAAAGCCAUUUGUGUUGUUAAGAUUUUCAAAAGCAGAAAUAAUAUUUACAAAACAGCAACUUCAGACCAGUUUUGGACACUUGCAGCACUUUGCAAUGUUAAGAGGUGCUCUAAAGAAAAGCACUUUCUACAUUCAUGAGCCUCAUUCCCCCCCCCCUUUUGCUGGAGGUAUAAAUGUUGUUAGCAAUGUGCAAUCACCCUGAAGGCUUCAGGUCUGCUCCUGACUGUUGAAAUGCUCCUGGGGAGGCUGUAAGUCAGUCAGUAAACUCUGCUUCCAGUCAGUAAACUGAUUGCAAGGUGUCCUUCAUGGCAUAACUUGCAGCUGCAGGAGAAGGUGUGGAUCCUAUACCUAAAUAUCCCUGAAAGUGUCAUUUAAAAGUGCAACAUCUAGCAAUUAAAUUCAAUCACCUUUGAGCAGAAGGUUGUGACACCUGCAUAUUCCUGGGUUGCAGCGAGCUGGACUUGAUGACCAUCACAGGAUUCUUUGGAAAAUGCUUCAGAAAUAAUAGAAAUAGCAUUCAUUUAAGUUAGUCGUAAGAUGGCACAGUAGUCUCACUUCCCUGUAAACUGUAUUUUUCGCCCCAUAGGGCGCACCGGCCCAUAGGCCGCACCUAGGUUUUUUUUGGGGGGGGGGAAAUAAAGGGGGGGGAAUUAUUUUUCCCCCCAGGCUGCGCUCCCCGGGUUUCGGGCUGCAGGCUGCUGUCCGCAAGCCUUGGGAGCCUGGCAGGAAGUCGCGCCGGUCUCCCCAGGCUUGCGGAUAUCUGCCCGAAGCCUGGAGAGCAAGAGGGGUCGGUGCGCACCGACCCCUCUCGCUCUCCAGGCUUCAGUGAAAGCCUGCAUUUGCCCCAUAGGACGCACACACAUUUCCCCUUCAUUUUUGGAGGGGUAAAGGUGCGUCCUAUAGGGCAAAAAAUACGGUACUUUAUUACUCCUUGCACUGCAAUUUGAGCUUGAUAUAUCCUAUGCCUGUUUUUACAUGGACCCCCUCUUUCAGUUUUUCUGAAAGAAACCUGUCCCACUGAUAUUUCUCAGGUCUGUAUGGGCUCUGCUGAAUUCCUGCUCCAAAAAAGUGGAAACACUAUGACAAGCUUAAAAAAAUGUUUUAGUAUAACUGAAAAAUACAGAAGCUUUUCUACUAGGGAUAACGGACACAGGUAUAGCAAGAGAAGAUCAGAAAAUAUUCCUCUAUGCCACAGGAGUGGCAAGGAUCCUAAUUGCUAAAAACUGGAAAAAGAAGCUGUGCCAACAAAAACGGAAUGGCAAGACAAACUGUUAGAGUAUAUUGAACUGGCUAGAUUAACAGAGGCAAUUAGAGAUCACACUAGACAAAGAGUUUCAAAAGCAUGGGGAAAAGCAGAGAAUACUUCACAAAACAGUGCCCUAAAAUACAUAUGAGCUUCCUUGCAGUGGGUUGGACUAGAUGCCCCUUGAUGCCCCUUUCAUGUAUCCCAUGCUCCCUGUCUCUCUUCCUCUCCUUUUAAUGACACUUCCCCGGUUUUUCCUAGCUGGGCCGCCUCCGGGAACCUAAGUGCUGGCACCUGCAAUUUCGCCUGCUGGCAUUGUUCUGACAAGAUCCAUUGUGGUAAGUUUUGGCGUCACCAAAGACUGCUGGGAUUAAUCUGACAAGAUCCAUUGACACCAGUUUUGGCGUCACCAAAGGAAUUAAGGAGAUGUGCUUCAAUUCCCCUCGCAGAUAGUAUUUAACCCAUCACGGCAUCUCUCAAAGCAUAGGAACUGUAGUUUCCUAUGGGGGGAGAGAAUAUUCUGCGCAACCUUUCCCAAGGGAACUCUGGGAGUUAUAGCUCUGACAGGGUCUCUUUGGGAAACGGAACAAACUACAGUUACCACAAUGUCCCCCCAAAGCACCCUGGGAACUAUUGCUUGCUCUGGGUGUUGAGGGUUGUGGCAUCUGAACAGUAAACAAUCUGUCCUUGCAUUCCACAGUAUACAACUCCUUGCCGUCCCAAGCCCAUUUCUCUUCCUAGGGAACUCUGGGAACUGUAGCUCAUGGGAGGAACAGCACUUGGUGCCCUGAACUCUGGGAACCAAUGGGCUGGCACCGCCGAGUGUCGCCUUGGCCUGCGACUUUGAAGGCACCGCCUGCAGCUGGGAGGACGUCAGCAUGGGCACUGACCAGGGUAAACUUGCUUCAUUUGAAAGGCAGAGAAGCAUUGCUAAGCAGUUAGAGCACCCCUUUGACCUGGUGCCCCCCAACCAGGCUGGUACAUGAGCACCUCGGAGCAGCGAACCAAGCCACCUGACUCCGCUCCCUGACCAUGAGUGACGCGGCCACAGCCUGUGAACUCCGCACCUGGUACAGUAUGGCCGAGAAAGGUAAGCUUGGGGCACUGGUGGUCAGAAAUCCAACAGGUGCAGAGCCAUGUGCUUGGCCUUUUUCCCUGUGUGGAGGAAAUGCCACGAGGCACAGUUGUCGUAAUUCCAUAUUGAUAUCACAUAUUACAUUUCUAAGCUGCAGGACAUACCGUGGUGAUAUCAUAUAAUUAUUAUUUAUUGAUUUCCAGACUACUGACCCGCCUGGUAGGGCCGGCAUAAUGAAAUAUCAUUCUUAUCAUGAAAUUUACUGAUGCCCUGCUUCCCGUCCCCCUUUGGGAUUCCUGGCAGCUGACCGAUAAAAAUGUUUAUAUAUCUAUGGUUCCCAUCUGCAAGGGUCAGGCUAGAUGACCCCUGGUUCCUCACCCUGCAGGACUCAACGGGAGCUUCCCAGUGGAGCUGAGCCUCGGAAGCCAGAUUGUCCCCUGUGGCGAAGCCCUGCGUCACCCUCAGGUGCCCGGCGCCCCCUGCUGGCCUACACCGGAAGAAUCCGCAGUGCUUUCCAGGUGGGUCUUGGGCUCCUCACCCUCCCCGGCCGCUCCUUAUCUGGAGCAUGUCAAGAGCGCAGGUGACCUUCUCGGUGAUGAAUGUGGCACUGGACAACGUGUAGUUCAGGAACUGUCGCCCCCAAAGUAAAGCUUUAUUUUCCGCCUCCCCAAAACCUGGCCAACCAGAUAGGUUGCUUGGAGGCAACCCAUUAAUCCUCCCAACAUUUCCAGGUCCCUGGAGCUGCGCCCCAAGUGAGCCGUGCCUGCCAAGCGGCUGCGUGGCCCCUGCCCGCACUGAGGACUGUGGCAACGGUGGAGAUGAACGGGGUUGCGGUGAGCGGUCAAGGGGGCAUUCAAGGCCAGGGGAACAUUGGCACCACCAGACGGGAGGGGGUUACCAGUGUCGCAGGAACCCCCCCCAAUCAUUCAGUUUGUACAAACUUCACACACACACACACACACACACACACACACACACACACACACACUACAUACGCUACACUUCUGUUAUAAAUUUAUAGAAAAUCAACCAUACAUCGGAUUUGCACUGUUCCACUUUUAUUUUACUCCAUGAAGGAAGGACUACAAAAUGGGGAAGGUUUGAUACAGGGCAGCCAUAAUCCCUUCAGCAUACCAGCACAUACACAGGAGCCCUGCCCAGUUGCUAUGCCAACCCUGAUGGUCCUAGACAGAAGACCAUCAAGACCACAAAGAACUUGCAUAUGGGAGUGGAUUCGGCACCGACUGGAACAAAGAACAAUAAUCAGCUCUUCCCUCUGGGGGCAGGAAACUGCAAACUCCCCUCUGUCACCUGGAAAGUACACAUGGGAGGACGGGGGAACCAGCCAAGAGACAGGACACAACUCCUCCCUCAACCCCUCCUUUCUGUGAUGUAUGUUUCUGGGGGUGUCCUUGAUCUACAAGGUGGCAAUUUCAAAAGUCUUUAUAAGGUCUUGCACACCAUUUUUCUGGGUCCUUCCUCUCUCCUGCAAGUGAGGGGAGCACCCUGUUGCAACAGAUCAAUAAAGGCCAAGCCUACAGGCUGCUGUUUUGCUCCAAGUUAUCCUGGUUGGUGUCUUUGUUUUUGUCCAAGGGAGCCCUCGAAAUUUUCCGUUAACACCAGGAAACCUCCCAACCAGGCCAAAGCAUUUGAGAAGGGUGCAGAGUAUGCUGGCUGAAAUGGGGCUUACCCUGGGGAAAAUCCUGAGCGGAAGUUGCAAGUUGGUGGCCACCACUGCCUCUUGUGGCAGGAAGUUCCAUAAUGUGCGCUUUGUAAAGAAGUACUUCCUUUCUUUGAUGUGUCCUGAAUCUUCCAGCGUCCAGCUCUGUGAGUUCUACCGUUAUGAGAGGGAGAAAACUUUCCUCUAUCCACUUUCUCCAGGCCAGGUCUCAUUGGCCUGGAGAAAUCACAUCUUUGCACAAUUUAAUGCACAAACAGUCAAAGAACAAAUAGGAAAUAGGAACAAAUAGGAAAACUCCCCUGCGUUUGCUAAAUAACCACAUCCCUCAUUUGUGUUGCUGGGAUAAAUGUAUUUAACACUCUGAUAAACUCAGCUGCCAAAACACAGGAGAAUAUCAACAAUCCAGCACAGAAAAUUUUACCCAUGGUGUUUUGUUUUUCCAGAAUCAGCUAAAACAGAAGGGAGAGGUCACCCGUUAACCUGUAAGGGAGCAAAUAUUCCUUUGAGAAGUUUCUCCCGAAAUGGAAGGCACAUGAGACUCUGUAAUUCUCUUCUUUGGGAGGUGGGUGUCGUGCAAAGUGGCCUUGGGGAGCUGGAUGCGAAGGAGGCACGUCCCAGGCCUUUGAACUGCAACAAGAACAACCUGGGAGCAUCUCUCACCUCCUCACUCUGGGAGCCUGCACCUCCUCACUCUCUCAAUCGCUCCGCUCCCAGGCGAGAACAAAGACCAACCUCUCUUGUGGGGUUAAUGUUACACAUGGCAUUCCCAUUAUGUAGGGACUGGUGAUUUGCUUCAUCAUUAGGGUCCAGACUGAGGUUCCCAGGGUGGCACGUGGACUCCAUGGCACCCUCUUAGCACUCACCAAGGCCCCCUCUUAAAAAGUUUCCCCAAAAUCUGUUACGUUUUUACAGUGCUACAAGACCAUUUGUUUUGGCAGUUGAGGGAUUAUUUAUUUAUUUAUUUAUAUUGCCCUUUAUUUUACAUCACUGUAAAUUAUUAAAUAAUAAAAAAUAGUGUUUGUUAUUUAGAUCAAUCAAUAUAGCUCAUUGGGCAGAGCACAAGACUCUUAAUCUCAGGGCCAUCCUUUGAGCCCCAUGUUCCCAGGGUUCCCUGGCAAGAAGGGAACUCUACCCCUAACAAAAUCCUAACCCUAACCCAGGGCCAUGGGCCAGAUCACUCCCACAGAAAUCACAUCUGUGCGUGUCUGCGGCUCUGGAAAUUGCUUCUGCGCAUGCCCAGACGCUGAAAAUCACUGGGACAGCUCAGUCUGCAGAGCAGGAGACUUUCCAUCUCAAAGUCCUGGGUUUGAGGGGCAAAAAGAUUCUUCCCUUGCAGAGGGUUGGACUACAAAAGGACCUUUGCUUUCCUGCUCUCUCCCAAACUGGGAAACUCCCAAUGGAAAGUGCUCUGACCUUUCUCUUUUUCUUCAUAGGGGUUUUCACACCGUACAGUAUCUGCUCUCUGACCGGGCUUGGUUUAAAAGCCUCCAAGUAUUCCUUGGAUCGAGCAGUGCUAAUAUUUGCUCUGCUAAUCUUUCCACCAAAGCUGGCCGGCUUCUGGAUUAA